GGGAAUUGCUAGGGCUCUAUUUCCCCAUUUCUAAAUUUGUCAUCAAUCAGAGCAAAGCUCACCGUUUUAACAGUCUCUGCUUCUCUUUAGCCUGCCUUAAAAAAUAGGGUUAGAGAGUGAGAGAAGCCGAAGAUGGCAGAGGUCACUACAGGCAAUGAAAUCCCUCCGAAUAUGACCAUAUACAUCAACAACCUCAACGAGAAGAUCAAGCUCGAAGAGUUGAAGAAGUCUCUGCACGCGGUGUUCUCGCAGUUUGGGAAGAUACUGGAGGUGCAGGCGUUCAAGACGCUGAAGCACAAGGGGCAGGCGUGGGUGGUCUUCGAGGGGGUGUCCUCCGCCACCAAUGCGCUUCGCCAAAUGCAGGGCUUUCCUUUCUACGACAAGCCCAUGAGAAUACAAUAUGCAAAGACAAAAUCAGAUGUAAUAGCCAAGGGUGAUGGUACUUUUGUGCCGCGGGAAAGACGCAAGAGGCACGAUGAUAAGGCAGGAAAGAAGAAAAAAGAACAACAUGAUGCUAAUCAAGCUGGAAUUGGUCUGAAUCCUGCUUAUGCUGGUGCUUAUGGUUCAAUACCUCCUCUAUCUCAAAUACCCUAUCCAGGCGGUGUAAAGUCUAUGGUGCCAGAGGCGCCUGCUCCACCAAAUAACAUACUGUUCGUGCAGAAUCUUCCCCAUGAGACAACUCCCAUGAUGCUGCAAAUGCUGUUCUACCAAUAUCCCGGUUUUAAGGAAGUUAGAAUGGUGGAAACAAAGCCUGGGAUUGCCUUUGUGGAGUAUGGAGAUGAGAUGCAAUCAACAGCUGCGAUGCAGGCACUCCAAGGUUUCAAGAUAACCCAACAGAACCCAAUGUUGAUCACCUAUGCAAAGAAAUAAACGAAAGGGCUUUGCUUUUGCCGUCCACAUAGGGGAAGCCUGCAAUCGCAUCUUCAACUAGGAAUCUAGGAUGUUUUCAACGGAAUGAGAUCUCAUAUCUUGUCAUUUUCAAUUCUACUUCCGUACAUUCUCUUUUUUCAAGAGUAGCCUUUAGAAAUGAUCCGAGUAUUGUUGCAGUUGUAAUAUUUUUAAGCUCCCUUCCCCCAUUGAUAAAGAAUUAAGUAGUAGCUUUUCUGAUU